AUAUAUAGCACUGUCCGCGCGAUGCUUCCUCCAAAGCUGCAGAGCUAUGUCACAGCUCGGUAUUAUGACACAGCACAGCGGACUGCCUGCUCCCGAGCACGAUGAUCACAACAUAGCGAAGUUCCUACCUGGAGACGCCCAGAAUCCACGGAACUGGUCAGCCUUCAGGAAAUGGACGAUUGUCGCGAGCAUUGGUCUUGUCGACCUGACAGUUUCGUUCGGUGCGAGCGGCUUCAGUCCAGCCAGCGGCGACUUUGCUGCCCAUUUCGGAUUGAGCAGCGAAAUUGCUGGCAUAGGACUUUCCAUCUUCGUUCUUGGGCUUGCUUUCGGGCCCAUGUUUAUCGCUCCACUCUCAGAGUACUAUGGACGAACGGCCCUUUAUCUGAUACCGUACGGCAUUUUUCUAAUUUGUCUCGCUCUGUCGGCAGCUAUAGACAAUGUACCUGGUUUCUUCGUGCUACGCUUCUUCUCAGGGCUCUUUGCAAGCGUGACGAUUGCGAACUUUGGUGGAAGCAUUGCGGACUUGUUCUCCAAGAAUGAUGUUGGACCGGCGAUGAACAUAUUCCUGUGGGCUGCAGUGUGUGGAAGCCCUAUGGGCUUUUUCCUGAUGUCUUUGGUCGCACAAUCGCACGGCUGGAGGGCUGUUCUCUGGACGCUCUUUGGCAUCUGUGCAGUCCUCUGGGCUCAGCUUUUGGUCGUUCUGGUGCCCUUCGGGAACGAGACACGUCACUCCGUACUGCUGCGGAGGCGGGCGAGAAGACAUGGCAAGGCUAUUCCGGACGAAGCACAGGCAAGGUCUCUGAAGACUCUGUUCACAGUAACACUUGCGCGACCCUUUCGAUUUUUAUCUACUGAGACCAUCGUUAUAUUUGGCGCGCUUUAUAACGGAUUCCUCUACGGCAUAAGCUUUCUGUUUAAUGGCGCUUUUGGCCUGGUCUUCGGAGAACGCGGUUACGGAUUCGACACCUUGGGCGUCGGACUCUGCUUCACGGGCUUCAUUGUCGGCAUAAGCCUUGGCCCUGUGACAGGAAUAUGGCAAGAGCGUUACUACCAGAAGUCAAUACAAGUGGGUCAGACAUAUUCAACUGGCUCAGGGAGUUCAGGCGAAUCAGAAGCGAGUGCUCUACUAGAGCCAAGCCGAACAGGUGCAGUAAGGCACAAUCCUGAAGCUCGCGUCCAGCUAGGCAAAGUCGCAGCUGUCGCUUUGCCCAUUAGCCUCGCCUGGUUUGCGUGGACUGCGACCUCAAAGCACUGGAUCCUGCCUAUACUUGCUACAUCGCUCUUUGGUUGGAGCUUUUUCACACUCAUCUUCAUGGUAGCCAUUUAUACCGAGGAGAGCUACAUGGUCUAUUCUGCAUCAGCAUUGGCGGGAAUUGGACUCGCAAGGAAUGUAGUAGGAGCCAUCUUCCCAUUGAUUGGCAACAUCAUGUUUGAGAGACUUGGCCCGAGAACUGCAGGAAGCAUAAUUGCAGGACUGGCUCUUCUGCUUGCUCCCAUUCCAUUCGUCCUGGAGAGAUAUGGCCCGAACCUUAGAGCUAGGAGUCCAUUUGCUUACGAGCAUGCAGAUGAUGAGUGAACAAGCAGUCAUCGGUUUGCCGCCAGGUGCGGCUACAUACGUUCAAGAUGACCGAGGCCGUGGUUGGUAUUCCUCGCUUAUGAACAUUGAACGUGGUCUGCCCAUUCUCGCCUCAAACCCGCGAUGCUGAGGCAAGCUGAACGUCAAAUGGACGACGAGGAACUCCGCGGCUGGGACAGAGUAUCGGCAGUGACUGGCACGUAUUUUUGAAGGAUAUGCCAGUACUUGGACACUCGAACUAAUGGCACGUUGCCCCUCGAGCGGUAUUGUGGACUGUCUCAAUGCUUAGGCAGAUGUGUACCGCCCAAAGGGGUCUACCAGACGCCCCAGGAAAUUGUCUUAACACGAGAAUAGGCCCGUUUUCGUGACUGAAGCAAGGCCGUGUAAGCCGUCUGUGGGAACCCCGUCAAUUCGCUCUGCAUGCUGGAGACCGAGCCUGCAAGUAGCGUUCGGAUAGUGUGGAUAGUAAUGCUAGUGAUUGUAAGCUUACUUAAUGCUCGUCAGCAA